GGCAUGUGAAACAAAGGAGGAGGGGAAAGGUCCAUGAUUCGUGGCCACAUCUGCUAUCUCCGGGAUCCCACAGACUUUCUGAAUCGAUUCUGGUUCAUUUAUUUUGUUUCAAUUCACAACCACCACACCGUCAUAAACGCAUCCUAAGAUAAUAUCGAAUCUUCCUAGUUUCUACACCCAAAAUAUCCAUCCCCUUCACCUUCUUGGACUCUCUCUGCCUUCCUCCCUCAGUAUACUAUCCUUUCAUGGCAGACAAUUAUGCCAUAUCAUGUCUAGUAGGGCUCAUGGAUAAUCUUUGGUUUCGCAACGUUAUUCUUGUCUCGGAACCAUCGACGCCUUCACUUUAUUCAAAGAUCCAUAAGCCGUCAUCCAUGGCUGCAGUCUCAGAAGAACUUUUAUAUUCAUCAAGCAACGACUCUCAAACGCAGCUUAUUUCGGACGAAGACUCAUCAUCAUCUUCCAUAACUAAUCAGGCUGAGUUUGACGAGCAAGAGAGUGAUGAGAAGGAAACUACUACUACUUGUGCUGAAUCAGAGGUUACGGCCAGCAGAUCCCGGUCUCAGUCAUCGUCGCCAUCUAAUUUAAAGCGAUCAAGAAGCCUCAGACUCUCUAGUACUGCAGGUACCACUGGCAGGAGAUUGCACAAAACCAUGAGCUGCAAAAGCCUGUGCGAGCUUGAACUGGAAGAAGUACAAGGUUUCAUGGACUUGGGUUUCAUUUUUAACAACGAAAACAUGAGCAAAAGGAUGAUGAGCGUAAUUCCAGGGUUGCAAAGACUGGAGCUGUCCGGAAGCACCAUUCAAGGGAAAGAUAACAUUUUAAUGGGCAGCCCUCCACAUAAUGAAACUCGACGAGUUGAAGGAGGAGCUGAACAAACCAUAACUAGGCCGUAUCUAUCGGAGGCGUGGCUAAUCAGAAGGCCUGACUCACCGCUCCUAAAUUUAAGAAUUCCCAGAGUCUCUACCGCUGCGGAUAUGAAGAAACAUCUCAAAUACUGGGCUAGAACCGUCGCUUCCGCGAUUGCGCUUGAAACUUGAAUCUUGAAACUUGCUACCAAUAUGAAGACGAUAGAACUUCCCUAGCGCCGACAGUUUGGGAACUGUAAAAAGAGUUAUCAGUUACUACUUUUUUUUUUUUGUUUGGAGGAAAAGUUGUCAGUUACUUUUAAAGCCCGUUGAAGUAUGCAGGUAGAGAUUUUCCUCCUCUUUUUUUUUUUUUUCCUCUCUCUCUAGCUGUAACUAUAGAACAACAAAGGACGAACAGGAAAAAAAUUCUCCUUUGUACCUUAUCAUAAAACAAUUUCCUACUGCCCUUUUGCUCAAAGCAAAAGAAAGUGACGAUUUAAGGAUUUACUUCAAUUUUCAGUCUCAA